AUGGUGGGUGUAGUAGGAUUUCCCACUUCAGUGUUUCCAGGUUUCCUUUCAUGGGACGUUGGCGAUUGUCACGUCGAUUUGGAGGAGGAACUGAAUACGAUAACGCAACACGCAUCUGAUGGAGAGGAAGCUCGUCAUGGCGAACGACUCAUUCAGUAUGCUAGUGAAAAUCUAGUCACUGAAGUGCUAAUACACCCUCAGUACAAUACACUCAUACAAUGUAUGCGUAAUCUGCUGAGUAGUUUUACACGACAUCGUCAUAUAAUACACGCUGGCUACACGUUCUCUGGCAAUGGUUCCUGGAUAUUGCAGGAUGGAACCUUCUCCGUCUCUGACUUCUCAGAGGCGUUUCAGGAACACGACGUACAGCGUGUCAUACGAGCCUACGCCGACACGAUUACAAUGAAUAUACAUUGUGCCGAUGCCGGUCACUGGUACAGCUUGCCACAUAAAAGUUUUACACGCCUCUGUAAAAUACGUAUCAAUCCCGUCGAUGUGUUGGACACAAGCAGUGAGAGUAUCAAUGCAUUUAUUGACUAUCUCGCACCAUUGCUCGUGCCCACUUCCUUGCGCGAAUUACUUGAGACUUCGGAUGUUGUAGGCAAUAUACGCUUUACACAUCCUACUCUGUAUGUCUUCCCAGGUGGUCAGGGUGAUGCUGCACUCUUCGGCAUCAAUGGUUUUAAUAUGUUGGUCGAUGGUGGUUUCAACCGCAAGGCUUGCUUCUGGGAUUUCGUACGUCACUUGGAUCGCUUGGAUGCCGUCCUUAUGACGCGUCUUAAUAAUAGCAAUAUUCAGGGUAUUAGUUCGGUAGUUUCGCGUAAGCGUGACGCUCAUGUCUAUCCACAAAUUGGACACUUCUUCGGUAAUAUACCUGAUCGUAAGGGUGGGCUGCCCAGUCCCGACGGUGAUAAGGAUCGUGACCCACUAUUGGUGGAUCUCUUCGAACAUGGUCACAAUUUGGUAAGCGAUCUUAAGUCGCUCGAUUUGAAGCCCCAAACUUGCUAUCGCAAUCAAGAGCCAAUCAAUCUGUAUCACAAAGUUGGCCAUGGCACAUUAGAUAUGUAUGUGAUUAGCCCGGCGCGUGACUCGAAAGAGGUGAAAGAAUUCUUAGCGAAAUGGCAUUCCGGCGAUCAACGUUUAUUCGCUGCACGCGACACACGCGAGUUCAAUUUCCCAUUGCAGAAUUUAGUAUCCAUUUGCGCUUUGCUGGUAUGGCAACCAGCGAAUCCAGACGAUACUAUUACUCGCAUACUCUUCCCUGGUAGUACACCAGACUUCAAGGUACAGGAAGGUUUGGAAAAACUCAAGCAUCUGGAAUUCAUGAAACACUCCACCUGCACUGCCAAAUCUAUUGCACCAACUAUACAGACUGUGGUGACCACACGUAAAACAUUCAAGUCCGCUAUCGGAGCGCCUAUUGAGCCACUAAGCGUACCGUCCAAAGCUAUUGGAAAAUUUGCCCCAGUUGCCACAGCCGCUAUUGCCGUACAACAGGACAAUAAAACCAAAGAGGCCGCAGCCUCUGCUGCUCAGGUCAUCGAAGAGACCAAAAUUGAGAAAGCUGAGGCUGAGGAGAAGAUUAUUUUGCAGAAGAAAGAAGAUUCUGUAGACACUGACGAACCAGCCGCUGAAACUGGCGAUGAAGCUGUGCCCGAGUCCACUACGGAAGCAGAGAUAAAAGAGGAAGACAAGCCCGAUGGCGAAGUUGGCGAAGAAGAUAAUAAAGAGAAAGAAGCUGAAAGCGAGAAAAAGGUUGAGGUAGUUAUUGUGAAGCCGCAGCCACAAGCUACACCCCAAAAGGAGGAAACUAUCACACCCGAAGUUAUCAAACCAAGCAAGGUUUCCAAAGGUAAGACUGACAAGCCACGGGCGGAAGUAAAGCCUGUGGUACGUUCACGUAUCGAUACCAAACCGCCCAAAUCAAUGGAACGCAAAAUCAUGAGAAAAGAUUUAGCUUCAGAAAAGAAGGCAUCACCCACUGCUACACCACGCAAAGAGCCAGCAAAACCUGCUGCGGCGCGUGACAUUAAACCACGUGUAAUCACACGUGCUACCAAAGCAAGUCCGAGCAGCACACCAGCCAAGAGCGCCAAGGAUGCUAACAAUCGUAAGGUGCUCGAAUCCAAACAGCAAGCUACUCGCCAAGUCACCAGCACUUCCACUACCGCAACUACGCGUCGCGAGAUGACGCGCACAACUGCUGCGGAACGCAAAGAAUCACGUACGCAACAACAGCAAGUACAACAGCGUAAGCCAAUUUCACGUCGUCCACGCGGUGCUUCACCAUCAAAGCGGGCGCCUGGUAGUCCCGUCAAAUCGGCCAAACCUAAAGCAGAUUUGAAAAAAUCCCGCUUGGACAAAGGGGGCACUACAGACUCUAGUUUGGUAUCUACACCAUCAGCCGAUGAGGCAACCGCUGCAAAGAAGCUGCAAGACUUGACAGCUUCACAAGAGUUAGAUGCCGAAAAGCAACGUGAGUUGGACGAUCUUAAGGAAGAGCAAGAGGUUGUACGUGAAAUAGAAGCUGUAUUUAGCCGUGAUGAAAUGAAAAGGCAAAAACAAUUGGCAGCAGAAAUGCGAGAGAUAUCCAAACAGGAUAGCACUACUGAAGCCGAAGAGGAGGAAGAAUAUCUAAUAAUUGAAAAAGAGGAGAUCGAUCAAUACACUGAGGACUCGAUUGUAGAGCAAGAGAGCAGUAUGACUAAAGAGGAGGAGAUUCAGAAGCAUCAACGCGAUUCCCAAGAGUCGGAGAAAAAACGCAAAAAGAGCGCCGAGGAAGAAAUCGAGGCUGCAAUUGCGAAGGCCGAGGCUGAAGAGCGUAAGGCACGACUUGAAGGGGCAGAAGCAGCCGAAGAACCUGAAGAAGCAGAAGCAGCUGAAGAGGAACAGGAAGAGCUUGGCGAAGAUGAAGCUGCAAAACCCGAACCCAAAAUAACUACACCCGAAAAGUCAGAAAUUAAAGCAGAAGUACAGGAAAUAAUUACCACAGCCAAAGAUAUAGCAACAACACGCACUGAAGAACACAUUAAGGCUGAAGAAGAGCUAUCUUCACCAACACCUGAGGAAAAAAUUAGUAGUGCUAAGAAAACUUCCGAAACUAAAGACGAACCUGUUGAACCACCUGAAAUCAUGCCUGCCAAUUUACAAGAAAGCCUGCCAGAAGAGAAGUUCUCCGCCACCAUCGAGUCAGGUGCCACGACAGCGCCAACGCUUCCUGAAGACGAACGAAUACCAUUGGAUGAAAUCAAGGAAGACCUUAUAAUUGAAGAGAAAUAUGUUAAAGAAGAAACCAAAGAGACAGAACAAGCCGCUGGGCCUGAACCUGCAGCCUCCAAGCCAUUGGAGCUAGCAGAACCAGCAGCAGGCAUUGCCAUUGAGAAGGUCGCCGAACCUAUAAUUGUCGGUUUAGCAACCGCAGAACGUGUUCUCCCAAUGAAGAUGACCUUCGAGGCACAACAGAAUCUGUUGCGUGAUGUAGUGAAAACUCCGGAUGAAGUUGCGGACCUGCCUGUGCAUGAGGAAGCUGACUUGGGUGUAUAUGAAAAGGACACUCAGGAAAGUGGAAAAGUUAUUUCACAUAAAGAGGAAAUUACUAAAGAGGAGAAGGAAGCCGAAGAAAAAGAUAUAUGUGAAGGAAAAGAAGUGGAAGCUGAAGAAGAAGAAGAAGGAGAAGAAGACGAGAAACCCAAGGGAGACAAAGAAGUGGAAGAGGAGAAACUUGUUCCCCUUGUAGUCGAGGCGACAAUCUUACCAACAGCACCAUUAGAGGUGACACCCGUCCCCGUGGAGAAAGCUGUAUCCCCUACCGAAAAGGUAACUUCCCCCACCGAGAAGGAAACCACACCCGAAGUGAAAGAAAUCCCUCUUGCUGAGAAGACUUCUACGCCUGUCGAGAAACCUGCUUCUCCUAUAGCAAAAGAAGUCACUCCAGCUGAGCAAACUCCAUCACCCGCUGAGAAAGCUGUUUCUCCAGCUGAGAAGGCACUAUCACCAGCAGAGAAACCAACAUCACCUGUCGACAAAGAAAUCCCUGUGGAUGAAAAAACUCUUCUAACUACCGUGAAACCCGCUUCUCCAAUAGAUGAAGAAACCACUUCAGCUGAUAAAUCUCCAUCACCAGCAGAAAAGCCAGCAUCACCUACUGAGAAAGAACCAUCAUCCGUAGAGAAAGGUAUUCAACUAUCUGAGAAGCCUUCUUCGCUUGUCGAGAAGCCUGUUUCGCCAACGGAGAAAGUAGGGGCUCCUACUGAGAAAGCUGUUUCACCAGAUGAGAAAGUUUCCUCCCCAGCCGAAAAACCAGCUUCCCCAAUAGAGAAAGAAAUAACUCCGAUUGAAAAAACGGCAUCGCCGAUUGAGAAAGCCGUCUCUUCAGCUGAGGAAGCUCCUUCGCCUGCCCAAAAACCAGCCUCUCCAGUGGAAAAAGAAGCCACACCACCUGAAAAAGCACCUUCACCUGUUGAGAAAGAUGUUCCUCUAGCUGAAGAGAAACCGUCACCAGCAGAAAAACCAACUUCUCCUGUUGAGAAGGAAACCACUCAAGCUGAAAAAAUUGCAUUGCCCAUUGAGAAAGUUAUUUCUCCAGCAGAGGAAGUUCCUUCGCUUGCCAAAGAACCUGAUUCUACAUUAGAGAAGGGAGAUUUCCCAACUGAGAAAACACCAUCACCCGUGGAGAAAGUUGUCUCACCAGCUGAAAAGGCACCUUCACCUCCAGAAAAACCAACUUCUCCUGUUGAGAAGGAAACCACUCCAGCUGAGAAAGUUGCAGUGCCCAUUGAAAAAGCUGUUUCUCCAGCAGAGCAAGUUUCUUCGCUUGCCGAAGAACCUGAUUCUACAUUAGAGAAGGGAGAUGUCCCAACUGAGAAAACACCAUCACCCGUGGAUAAAGUUGUUUCACCAGCUGAAAAGACACCUUCACCUGCAGAAAAGCCAACUUCUCCUGUUGAGAAGGAAACCACUCCAGCUGAGAAAGUUGCAGUGCCUAUUGAAAAAGCUGUUUCUCCAGCAGAGCAAGUUUCUUCGCUUGCCGAAGAACCUGAUUCUACAUUAGAGAAGGGAGAUGUCCCAACUGAGAAAACACCAUCACCCGUGGAUAAAGUUGUUUCACCAGCUGAAAAGGCACCUUCACCUGCAGAAAAGCCAACUUCUCCUGUUGAGAAGGAAACCACUCCAGCUGAAAAAGUUGCAGUGCCCAUUGAAAAAGCUCUUUCUCCCUCAGAGGAAGUUCCUUCGCUUGCCGAAGAAUCUGAUUCUAUAUUAGAGAAGGGAGAUGCCCCAACUGAAAAAACACCAUCACCCGUGGAGAAAGUUGUUUCACCAGCCGAAAAGACACCUUCACCUGCAGAAAAACCUACUUCUCUUAUUGAAAAGGACAAUGCCCCAACUGAGCAAAUGCCAUCACCCGUGGACAAAGCUGUUUCACAAGCUGAAAAAACAACUUCACCGGGAGAUAAGGGAGUCAGUCAAGCUGAGAAAACGCUAUCACCAGUUGAGAAAGCUGUAUCCUCCAUUGAAAAAUCCGUUUCUCCAUCAGAGAAAGAACCUUUACCUGCAGAUAAAUCACCAUCUCCUACCGAGAAGGAUGGAAAACCAGAAGGGCUAAUACUCUUUGAGAAGGAAGAGCCUGCAAUAGAACCAAAGACGUCGAUCACUCCACCUGAAGAAAAGGAUGGUAGCGAAGUUACUUCCGAAGAUGAACUUCCUGCCCAUGUACUUGCAGCUAUUAGCUCAACUCAAUUAAAAGAUAAAGAGGACACCGGCUCAAUCGACAGUCCAGAGACAAUCGAAGAAGCUAUUGAAGUUGAAAUACGUAAAUCCUUAGAAGCUAGUAGAAAAACUUCAAAAGAAAUGAAAGAAACUGAGUUUAAAUUAGAAUCUCGUAAGACAUCCGUUGUUUUAGAUGAAGGCGAAAAAACCAAAGAUAUAUCCGAGCCAUGUUCCAAAGAAAUUUCACACUCCGAAGGUCUAAUGGAUGAGAAAUCACCUCCAACAUCGAAAAUACCUUCCGAAAGGGAAUCAGCGUUGAGCAAGUCUGUAGCAGAAAGUGCUAAAGACGAAAAGCCAACAACUGGCUCUAAGGAAGUAUCCCGACCAGCAUCUGUUGCAGGAAGUAUUCAUGGCGAGGCUGAUAUAUUAGAUAUGGAAACUGUUUCGUCUCCAGUGGACAAAGCCCCAAUAGAUGUAUCAAAACUUACUUUAGAUUUAGAACCCGCGAAACGUGUAUCCAAACUGCCAACAUCCUCAAGUCCCGUAGACGUUGCUGAAGGGGAUUUCCCAGAAGUGAAGGAAGAAUCGACAGAUACCAAACAAUUUCCCGCAGAAGACACUACAGUUGCCGGUGCCAAAACAGUUUCAACUCCAGUGGACGAAGCAAAAUAUAUCACGGACGACGGUGUUGUUGCAGUAUCGCGUCCUGAAAGUCCUGAAGGUGAGAAAUCUUCUGCUAUAUCUAAGGAAAGCUCCCGUCGACCAUCAGAGGGUGAGGCUCUAAAAUCAUUAGAUAAAGCUGAAUCCGUGGCCGAAAGUGUGACAGACGGUAAGUCACCAGUCGCUUCCAUACCAGAGUCAGCUGCAGAGAGUAAAAAAGAUGAGAAAUCUCCUACGCCUUCCAAGGAGGUCUCGCAACCAGAGUCCGUGAGUGAAAGUUUAAAAGAUGAUAAGUCACCAAUCCCCUCCAAACCAGAGUCAGCUGCCGAGAGUGUAAAAGAUGAGAAAUCCCCAAUAGCUUCCACGGAAGCCUCACGCCCAGAGUCCAUUGCCGGUAGCGUGGAAGACGAUAAAUCAGCAAUCGCCUCCAAGCCAGAGUCGGCUGGGGAGAGCGUAAAAGAUGAGAAAGCCCCAACAGCUUCCAAAGAAGCCUCACCACCGGAGUCCGUAGCUGAAAUUGUAAAAGAUGAUAAGUCACCUAUUGUUUCGAAACCGGCAUCAGCUGCCGAGAGUGUAAAAGAUGAGAAAUCCCCAAUAGCUUCCACGGAAGCCUCACGCCCAGAGUCCGUUGCCGGUAGCGUGGAAGAAGAUAAAUCAGCAAUCGCCUCCAAGCCAGAGUCGGCUGGAGAGAGCGUAAAAGAUGAGAAAGCCCCAACAGCUUCCAAAGAAGCCUCACCACCGGAGUCCGUAGCUGAAAUUGUAAAAGAUGAUAAGUCACCAAUCCCCUCCAAACCAGAGUCAGCUGCCGAGAGUGUAAAAGAUGAGAAAUCCCCAAUAGCUUCCACGGAAGCCUCACGCCCAGAGUCCGUUGCCGGUAGCGUGGAAGACGAUAAAUCAGCAAUCGCCUCCAAGCCAGAGUCGGCUGGAGAGAGCGUAAAAGAUGAGAAAUCCCCAAUAGCCUCCAAGGAAGCCUCACGACCGGAGUCCGUUGCCGGUAGCGUGGAAGACAAUAAAUCAGCAAUCGCUUCCAAGCCAGAGUCGGCUGGAGAGAGCGUAAAAGAUGAGAAAACUCCACUUGAAUCGAAAGAAGCCUCACGCCCAGAAUCCGUGGCCGAAAGUUUGAAAGAUGAUAGAUCCCCUAUUGUUUCUAAACCGACAUCAGCUGCAGAGAGUGUGAAAGAUGAGAAAUCUCCAACUCUUUUCAAGGAAGUCUCACGCCCAGAGUCUGUGGCCGAAAGUGUGCAAGAUGAUAAAUCACCAAUCGGCUCCAAACCAGGGUCGGCUGCGGAGAGUGUAAAAGAUGAGAAAUCACCAAUAGCUUCCAAGGAAGCCUCACGGCCAGAAUCCGUGGCCGAAAGUUUGACAGAUGAUAGAUCCCCUAUAGUUUCUAAAGCGGCAUCAGCUGCUGAAAGUGUAAAAGAUGAAAAAUCUCCAAUUGAAACGAAAGAAGCUUCACGCCCAGAAUCCGUGGCAGAAAGUUUGAAAGAUGACAAGUCACCUAUUGUUUCGAAACCGGCAUCAGCUGCAGAGAGUGUGAAAGAUGAGAAAUCUCCAACUCUUUCCAAGGAAGCCUCACGGCCAGAGUCUGUAGCCGAAAGUGUGAAAGAUGAUAAAUCACCAAUCGCCUCCAAACCAGAGUCAGCUGCUGAAAGUGGAAAAGAUGAGAAAUCUCCAAUAGCUUCCAAGGAAGCUUCACGGCCAGAAUCCGUGGCCGGAAGUUUGAAAGAUGAUAGAUCCCCAAUUGUUUCUGAAGUGGCAUCAGCUGUUGAAAGUGUAAAAGAUGAAAAAUCUCCAAUUGAAUCGAAAGAAGCUUCACGCCCAGAAUCCGUGGCAGAAAGUUUGAAAGAUGAUAGGUCACCUAUUGUUUCUAAACCGGCAUCAGCUGCAGAGAGUAUGAAAGAUGAGAAAUCUCCAAUUCUUUCCAAAGAAGCCUCACGGCCAGAGUCUGCGGCCGAAAGUGUGAAAGAUGAUAAAUCACCAAUCGCCUCCAAACCAGAGUCAGCUGCUGAAAGUGUAAGAGAUGAGAAAUCCCCAACAGGUUCCAAAGAAGCCUCACGUCCAGAAUCCGUGGCAGAAAGUCUUAAAAAUGAUAAGCCACCUAUAGAGUCUAAACCGGCAUCUGCUCCAGAAAAAUUAAUAACUGUUUCAUCUCCUGUUGACAAAGCGCCUAUAAAAAUGGAGGAUCUUCAACUUGCUUUGAACUUAGAAAGCUCCAAAUUUGAAACAAAUCUGCCAACCAAAUCAAGUCCUGUAGAUGUAGCAGAAGGUCAGUUCCCUGAAGUUGAAAUAGAAGCAUGCAGAAUCCCUGAUAUACCAAAGAUAUCUGCAGAAGAAGCUACUCUCAAGGUAUCAGAAACCAUCUCGAGCCCCGUAGAUGAAGCCAAAGAUUUGAUUGAUAUUGGAGAAGGUCUACAAGAGGUCGAGGAUAAGAGUCCAGUUUCACCAAAGGAAUUAGGCGAAGAAAUCAAAGAAGCUUCUAAAAAAAUUGUCGAGAUAAAAGAGACUGUAGAAACCGACACCACGACUUUUAUUGAAGAGAGAGCCAAGACAAUCGGAGAUGUGAAAGAGACAACUGAAGAUUUGGUGAAAAAAGUUUCCGAUGAACCUAUAAAGAAAUCAGAUGAGGAAAUUGAAGAUAUUUCAAAGCAAGCCACUUCAAAAAUUGAAGAAGCAGCGGAAAAAAUUGAUGAAAAGGGAAAAGCUGCUAUGGAAGAAACUAUCAAAUCUGCGCAAGAUGUAUCAGAAAAAGCUGCAGAUAAGGCGCAGGCACUAUUUCAUGAUACUACGAAGACAGUCGAAACUCUAAAAGAUGCAGUGGAAGAUAAGACGAUGACUAUCACCGAAGAAACUGCCAAGAAAAUUGAAAAAAUAACAACAGCCGCCGAGGAUGUAGCAGAGAAGGUAGCUGAAGAAACUACCAAGAUUGCGGAAGAAAUUACCGAAAAAAUUAAAGAUAAAGCACAGACCGCGCUCGAAAAAGUUACUGCAAAAGUUGAUGAAUUAGAAAAAGCAGCUGGAAAGACAGAAAAAUUGGAAGAAAAGGUAAAGACUGUCGCAGAAGAAGGUACCAAAAAAGUUGAGGAGUCAACUCAAAAGCUUGAAGAUACCGCAAAGACUAUUGGUGCAAUACUUACAAAGAGCAAAGAGGACAUUACAGUGACGAUAGGUGAUUUAGCAAAAGCAACUGAAGAAAAACGGAAAACAGCCAUUGAAGAAAUUUCGCAAAAGGUUGACGAAGUAUCUGAGCAAGUCGAAGACGUCAAGAAAGUCAUCGAAGACAAAGCAGUAACGCCAACUGAAGAAAUCACAAAGAAAGUUGAAGAUGUGAAGCAGAUCAUCGAAGGCACGACAAGUGACGAGGUAACUAAAAAGAUUGAUGAGGCUAAAAAGUUGGCAGAGGAAAAAGCACUGGUAAUUGGUGAAGAAGUCACUGAAAAGGUUUCCUCCAUAUACAAGAAAAUGUCAGAUAUUAAAACUGCAACAGACCCCAAAACCGAAGCCGCUGCAGAAAGAGUUAAAGAAGCAAGAGAAGUCGCCGAAGACAAAAUCAGCGAUGUUACAGAAGAGGUAGGUGAACUCAUUCGGGAUGUAAAAGAUACCACAGAAGAUAUUACAACAGCGACAAGUACCGCUGUUGAUACCGUAAAAACCGAUAUUUCUACUGGUAUUGGUGCAUUCUUCAAAGAUGUCAAAAUGAGCAUUUUCGGUGAAGCACAGCAGAAAGAGGAGCAAUUAAAAGAAAUCACAGAAGAAAUAACAAAAACCGAGCAAAUCGAACUCGAAUCUUUACCACCAUCUUCCAAACUGCCACUUGAGUUGGGCACAUUUUCAACCGAAUUGAGAGAAACUCAUAUAACAACUGUGGAAUCACCCGAGUUCAAAGUAACACACACGGAGCGUGAUGAAUCCAUAUUGCAUGAUAUUAAAGAAGAAGAUGAGGAACACAGAAUUUCACCACCAACAACUAAACCAGCAAUAUGUCCCGAACAACCUCUUCGACCGGUUUCACCACGUGAAAUAGAAGUAUUUAAGAUUGUAGCCGAUGUUGCCAAGGUUCUGAAAUCCGAAAAGGACAUCACUGAGAUUAUUCCCGAUUUUGAUGAGCAAAAACUAGAGCAGCGCCUAAAAACACCAGAAGAACCAGAGCAAGAAAGCUCAACCGUUCAACGAAUGUUAGUAACUGCCAGCAGUGAAGAUGGCGGCGAAGAAAUAGACAUUUGUCCCAAAGGUAGCAUAGUUUUUACACCGACAAUGGCACAAGAAUCGAUACCGGAAAAAGUUUCUCCAAUCAAACCGCUCGACAUAGACUAUAAGCAUUUCCAAGAAGAUGCCGCAGCCGAUGAAUCGGAAAAGUCUUCCCCUGAGCUACGCUCGGGUCCAAUUUCAAUUGAAGAAAAAGAUAAAAUAGAAGAGUCUGAAAAGAUGUUGCGAAAAGAAAAGGAUGUCUCCAGCUGCAAGGAGGAACAACUCGAAGAAACUGUAGAAUCUCAGCGGAAAUCUAUUCCACCUCUUACAGCAAGCAAGAAAGAUGUGGAUACGGAGCCGCAACGGGAAUCGAUUACAUCUGCUGCUGAAAGUACGAAAAAAGAAAAGUCACCAACUCUACCCAAAGAAUCUUCACGACCAGAAUCUGUUGCUAGCACCAAGGAAGACAAAUUUGAAGAAACCGUUGAAUUUCACAAAGAAUCAGUUAUAAUGACUGCUGAAAAAAAGAAAGAAGACGUCAUUGAAUCCCGACGGGAAUCGCUCCUAUCUACUGCCGAGAGUAAGAAGGACGAUAAGUCAUCAGCUCCGUCAAAAGAACCCUCCCGACCAGAAUCUGUUGCCAGUACCAAAGAAGAGAAGGUUGAGGAGUCCACUGAAUCUCGGAGGGAAUCAGUUAUAUCGACAGCUGAAAGUAAGAAGGACGAUAAGUCACCAGCUCUAUCAAAAGAACCCUCCCGACCAGAAUCUGUUGCCAGUACCAAGGAAGACAAGGUUGAGGAAUCCACCGAAUCUCGGAGAGAAUCAGUUAUAUCGACUGCUGAAAGUAAGAAGGAUGAUAAGUCACCAGCUCCAUCUAAGGAAACUUCGCGACCGGAAUCUGUUGCUAGCACAAAGGAAGAUAAGGUUGAAGAAUCCAUUGAAUCUCGUAGGGAAUCAGUCAUAUCAACUACCGAAAUUAAGAGAGAAGAAAGCAUUGAGUCCCGACGGGAAUCGGUUCUAUCUACUGCCGAAAGUAAGAAGGAUGAUAAGUCAUCAGCACCAUCAAAAGAACCCUCCCGACCAGAAUCUGUUGCCAGUACCAAGGAAGACAAGGUUGAGGAAUCCACCGAAUCUCGGAGAGAAUCAGUUAUAUCGACUGCUGAAAGUAAGAAGGACGAUAAGUCACCAGCUCCAUCAAAAGAACCUUCCCUACCAGAAUCUGUUGCCAGUACUAAGGAAGAGAAGGUUGAGGAGUCCGCUGAAUCUCGGAGGGAAUCAGUCUUAUCAACUGCCGAAAACAAGGUUGAGGAAUCCAGCGAAUCUCGGAGGGAAUCAGUUAUAUCGACUGCUGAAAGUAAGAAGGACGAUAAGUCACCAGCUCCAUCAAAAGAACCUUCCCGACCAGAAUCUGUUGCCAGUACCAAGGAAGACAAAGUUGAGGAAUCCACGCAAUCUCGGAGAGAAUCAGUUAUAUCGACUGCUGAAAGUAAGAAGGACGAUAAGUCACCAGCUCCAUCAAAAGAACCUUCCCGACCAGAAUCUGUUGCCAGUACCAAAGAAGAGAAGGUUGAGGAGUCCACUGAAUCUCGGAGGGAAUCAGUCUUAUCUAUUGCCGAAAGUAAGAAAGAAGAAAGCGUUGAGUCCCGACGAGAAUCGAUUUUAUCUACUGCCGAAAGUAAGAAGGACGAUAAGUCACCAGCUCCAUCCAAGGAACCUUCGCGACCAGAAUCUGUUGCUAGCACAAAGGAAGACAAGGUUGAAGAAUCCAUUGAAUCUCGUAGGGAAUCCGUCAUAUCACCUCCCGAAAUCAAGAGAGAAGAAAGCGUUGAGUCCCAACGGGAAUCGGUUCUAUCCGCCGCAGAGAGUAAGAAGGAUGAUAAGUCCCCAGCCCCAUCAAAAGAAACUUCCCGACCAGAAUCUGUUACCAGUACGAAGGAAGACAAGGUUGAGGAAUCCACUGAAUCUCGGAGGGAAUCAAUCUUAUCGGCUGCCGAAAGUAAGAGAGAAGAAAGCGUUGAGUCCCGACAGGAAUCGGUUCUAUCUACUGCCGAAAGUAAGAAAGCUGAUAAAUCUAUUGCCAGGGCCAAGGAAGACAAGGUUGAGGACUCCACUGAAUCUCGGAGAGAAUCAGUAUUAUCGACUGCCGAAAGCAAGAAAGAAGAAAGCGCUGAAUCACGACGCGAAUCGAUAUUAUCUAUUGCUGAAAGUAAGAAAGAUGAUAAGUCAUCAGCUCCUUCAAAAGAACCCUCCCGACCAGAAUCUGUUGCCAGUACCAAAGAAGAGAAGGUUGAGGAGUCCACUGAAUCUCGGAGGGAAUCAGUUAUAUCGACAGCUGAAAGUAAGAAGGACGAUAAGUCACCAGCUCUAUCAAAAGAACCCUCCCGACCAGAAUCUGUUGCCAGUACCAAGGAAGACAAGGUUGAGGAAUCCACCGAAUCUCGGAGAGAAUCAGUUAUAUCGACUGCUGAAAGUAAGAAGGACGAUACGUCACCAGCUCCAUCAAAAGAACCUUCCCGCCCACAAUCUGUUGCCAGUACCAAGGAAGAGAAGGUUGAGGAGUCCGCUGAAUCUCGUAGGGAGUCAGUCUUAUCAACUGCCGAAAGUAAGAGAGAAGAAAGCGUUGAGUCCCGACAGGAAUCGGUUCUAUCUACUGCCGAGAGUAAGAAGGAUGAUAAGUCACCAGCUCCAUCCAAGGAAGCUUCGCGACCAGAAUCUGUUGCUAGCACAAAGGAAGAGAAGGUUGAUGAGUCCACUGAAUCUCGGAGGGAAUCAGUAUUAUCGACUGCCGAAAGCAAGAAAGAAGAAAGCGCUGAAUCACGACGCGAAUCGGUAUUAUCUAUUGCUGAAAGUAAGAAGGAGGAUAAGUCCCCAGUUCCAUCUAAGCAACCUUCGCGACCAGAAUCUGUUGCUAGUUCAAAGGAAGAUAAGAAAGAAGAAAGCGUUGAGUCCCGACGGGAGUCGGUUUUAUCUACUGCCGAGAGUAAGAAGGAUGAUAAGUCACCAGCUCCAUCCAAGGAAGCUUCGCGACCAGAAUCUGUUGCUAGCACAAAGGAAGAGAAGGUUGAUGAGUCCACUGAAUCUCGGAGGGAAUCAGUAUUUUCGACUGCCGAAAGCAAGAAAGAAGAAAACGUUCAAUUAGGACGAGAAUGGAUUGUAUGUACUGCUAAAAGUAAGAAGGACGAUAAGUCACCAGUUCCAUCUAAGGAAACUUCGCGACCGGGAUCUGUUGCUAGCUCAAAGGAAGAUAAGGUUGAAGAAUACGUUGAAUCUCCGAGGGAAUCAGUCAUAUCAACCACCGAAAGUCAGAAAGAAGAAAGCGUUGAGUCCCGACGGGAAUCGCUUCUAUCUACUGCCGAAAGUAAGAAGGACGAUAAGUUAUCAGCUCCAUCAAAAGAAACUUCCCGACCAGAGUCGGUUUCCAGUACCCAGGAAGAGAAGGUUGAGGAGUCCUUUGAAGGUAAGGUUGAAGAAUACGUUGAACCUCUGAGAGAAUCAAUCUUAUCGACUGCCGAAUGCAAGAAAGAAGAAACCGUUGAAUCACGUCGGGAAUCAGUUCUUUCUACUGCCGAAAGUAAGAAGGACGAUAAGUCUCCAGCUCCAUCAAAAGAAACUUCCCGACCAGAAUCUGUUGCCAGUACCAAAGAAGACAAGAUUGUGGAACUUACUGAAUCUCGGAGAGAAUCAAUUAUAUCGACUGCUGAAGGUAAGGAGGAGGAUAAGUCACCACCUCCAUCAAAGGAACCUUCGCGAACAGAAUCUGGAGCUAGCACUAAGGAUGAGAAGAUUGCGGAAGCUGUUGAACCUCGGAGGGAAUCAGUCUUAUCGACUGCCGAAAGUAAGAAAGAAGAAACCGUUGAAUCACGCCGGGAAUCGGUUCUUUCUACUGCCGAAAGUAAGAAGGACGAUAAGUCACCAGCUCCAUCAAAACAAACUUCCCUACCAGAAUCUGUUGCCAGUACCAAAGAAGACAAGAUUGAGGAACCUACUGAAUCUCAGAGAGAAUCAAUUAUAUCGACUGCUGAAAGUAAGAAGGACGAUAAGUCACCAGCUAUAUCGAAAAAAGCUUCCCGACCAGAAUCUGUUGCCAGUACCAAAGAUGAAAAGUUUGAAGAAUCCGUUGAAUCUCGGAGGGAAUCAGUUUUGUCAACAACCGAAAGUAAGAAACAAGAAAGCGAUGAAUCACUACGGGAAUCAGUUCUUUCUACAGCCGAAAGUAAGAAGGACGAUAAGUCACCAGCUCCAUCCAAGGAACCUUCGCGACCAGAAUCUGUUGUCAGUACCAAGGAAGACAAGGUUGGGGAGUCCACUGAAUCUCGGAGGGAAUCAAUAUUAUCGACUGCUGAAAGCAAGAAAGAAGAAACCGUUGAAUCACGACGGGAAUCGGAUCUAUCUAUUGCCGAAAGUAGGAAAGACGAUAAGUCACCAGCUCCAUCAAAAGAAACUUCCCGACCAGAAUCUGCUGCUAGUACCAAGGAAGAGAAAGUUGAAGAAUCCAUUGAAUCUCGGAGGGAAUCAAUCUUAUCGACUGCUGAAAGCAAGAAAGAAGAAAUCGUUGAAUCACGGCGGGAAUCGGUUCUAUCUGCUGUCGAAAGUAAGAAGGAUGAUAAGUCACCUGCUCCUUCAAAAGAAUCUUCCCGACCAGAAUCUGUUGCCAGUACUAAGGAAGAGAAGGUUGAGAAAUCUAUUGAAUCUCGGAGGGAAUCAGUCUUAUCACUCACCGAAAGUAAGAGAGAAGAAAGCAUUGAGUCACAACGAGAAUCGGACCAUAAGUCCAUAGCUCCAUCCAAGGAAUCUUCACGACCAGAAUCUGUUGCUAGCACAAAAGAAGAUAAGGUUGAAGAAUCCGUUGAAUCUCGGAGGGAAUCAGUCUUAUCGACUGCCGAAUGCAAGAAAGAAGAAACCGUUGAAUCAAGACGGGAAUCGAUUAUAUCUACUGCCGAAAGUAAGAAGGAUGAUAAGUCACCUGCUCCUUCAAAAGAAUCUUCCCGACCAGAAUCUGUUGCCAGUACUAAGGAAGAGAAGGUUGAGAAAUCUAUUGAAUCUCGGAGGGAAUCAGUCUUAUCACUCACCGAAAGUAAGAGAGAAGAAAGCAUUGAGUCACAACGAGAAUCGGACCAUAAGUCCAUAGCUCCAUCCAAGGAAUUUUCCCGACCAGAAUCUGUUGCCAGCUCUAAGGAAGACAAGGUUGAAGAAUCCGUUGAAUCUCGGAGGGAAUCAGUCUUAUCGACUGCCGAAUGCAAGAAAGAAGAAACCGUUGAAUCAAGACGGGAAUCGAUUAUAUCUGCUGCCGACAGUAGGAAGGAUGAUAAGUCACCUGCUCCUUCAAAAGAAUCUUCCCGACCAGAAUCUGUUGCCAGUACCAAGGAAGAGAAAGUUGAAGAAUCCACUGAAUCUCGGAGGGAAUCAAUCUUAUCGACUGCCGAAAGCACGAAAGAAGAAACCGUUGAAUCACGGCGGGAAUCGGUUCUAUCUGCUGCCGAUAGUAGGAAGGAUGAUAAGUCAACUGCUCCUUCAAAAGAAACUUCCCGACCAGAAUCUGUUACCAGUACAAAGGAAGAGAAAGUUGUAUCUCAUAUGACAUCAGAUCCUCGUCAAGUGAGUUCGAAAGAAGAAAUUACAAAGGCAAUAACAGAGUCAGUGGUUAGCAAAAAAAUUGAGGAAUACAGCGAAUCUGAAGCUGAAGCUGAAGCAACCGCAAUAACGGUUGAAUCUUCUUAUGUUACUUGCAGCUCAAGUCAUACUUCAAUUGAAGAAAAGAAGUCGGACUCCGUAAAAGUAUUACAGUCCUUGUCUUCUUCUACAGUUGGGAGCAAAUCAGUAGAUUCAUCAGUUCGGACAUAUAUAAGCGAAGACUCUCUUAGGGAAUCAAUAAGUAGUGUUAAAGUCGAAAAUGGUGAACCUAGAGAGUCGAUUUCCAGUUUUUCUGGAAAGAAAGAUAUGGAGAAAAUUGCUGAAGAUGAAAAGUCAGAAGAAUCAGUGGUUAAAACUGUGACGGAGGUGAUAGCCAAGGCGGAAGAAUCGAUGACGCAUUCGGAAGAAUGCUCAUCGGAAUCCAUCGUAAGUGAAAUACAAUCUACCGAUAUUAUUACUCAGAAGUUAGACUCCCGCACGACAGCUGCAAAGCUAAUUACUACAGUCGGACAUGAGAGUAAAGAAAGUCUGAAAGACACAGUUGCCGAGUUCUUGGCUACUGAGAAAAUUAUCUCAGUAAAGGACAGCUUGAUAGGAGAUGUGAAAACUUCAAAGUCCACUGAAGAAAGUUCAGAGAAAAUAACAACAACCGGGAUAGCACAGUCAACCACUGCAUCUCGAAGAACAUCUGAUUUGCUGGCAAGUAUGAAAGACAGUUCAAGAAGAGAAUCCGAAUUUAGUCAAACGAGCGAGGGACGCCAUACACACAGCGAUCACGAAGACGAUGAUGAGGAUGAGGACAUUGUUAAUAUGAAAGAGGGGCGUUCCAAAUCAAUAGCCACGAUCAUGAUGACCAGCAUAUAUAAGCCAUCCCAGGAAGUAGAUGCAUUUGAGAAACUGGAGGAAGAAAGUGAAGAUCAUGCCGAGACACUUGAACAAACUAAAUCGUCCAUAACAAGAACCACACAUACCAUACUCAAAUCGAGCGAACAAGUAAGCUCUUUAAGCUCGGAUACCAAGUCAAAGGCAUCAACACAAUUGGAAACUAUAAUACUAACACAACCUCUGGAAAGCGAUCCAAAAACACCACCCACUGCACCAGUGAGUCCAGGUAUAAAGCACAUGACAGCAGGUGUCAGCACAGCCACCGCCACAACCACCACAUUAAGCGAACCAUGUGGUAGUAGCGCAGCCUCUGUGAGCGGUCCCUUAUCACCAAAAGAUGUUAGCGGUAAGUCCAGUCCAGGUGCACUUACCUCUGAAAGUCAAUCAAUUCCGACACCAAAAGGUCGCGGUUCCCUUUCAGAUACUUCCGAUUCAUCACCAAAGCCGACUUCACCAUUCCCACGGGUCACCAAAGAUGACUUGAAAACCGCCACCGCCACUAUCGUAGAAGCCACCAGCAAAACUGCAUUUACACCAAAUGAAUUCACCGAAGAUUGGCAGCCAGACUUCCAUGAGCGCGGAAUUGAGAAGACAACCGCACUUAGUGGCAGCACUGAAAAAAUCAUCACAACAACCAUAACUACAGUGACCAAGGUGAUCUCUAGCGAUGGCAAGGAAAUUGUUAUGGAAGAAAAGACCGUCACCACCACAGAUACAACUGAGCCAGAUGGUGAAAAAGUAACAGUGACCACUACACGCACCACCAGCGAAAGCGAAAAGAGCGAUCUUGUACUGCCCAAGGAGGUGGCAAUGUUGCGAGGUGCGUAUCGCUCUUCUACACCCGGUAGUGACGAGGAGCGUAUGACAGGUGCCUACAUGAGUGACGAUGACUUGCCCGCGUCGCCACGCAGCAUUGCAUCAUCGCACGGUGCCAGCUAUGAACUGCAACGCUCAAGUUCAGGUGUGAGUAAACGUUCUGACUUUGAAGUGGAUGAUAGCCAAGAUGAUAUACCGCCACAAUAUGGCAGCGAGGAGCACUCAACAGCGCGCGCUGUCUCCACAACCGCCAGUUGCCUACAAAAAAUUCCCGACCCAAUGAGCACCUCCUUCUACGGCGCACUGCCUGAUUGCUUCGACACAAAACCAACAGCUCCCAUACCUAUCUGUGGCACAACAACUCGUACAGUCACAACGCGCACAUAUGUCGCCGACUCACCUGCCAGCCAGUCUACGGAAAGUGUCGAAAGCACUAGCCAAACUUCAGCCAGCCGUCAAGUAAUCAGUGGUGGAACACGAGCUAGCGUCGAAAGUGGUGAUCAUAAAUUCCUUGAAGAAGCCGACAUGGAUUUCGAGAAGGCGCUCGAGGAGCACGUGCAAGUGCGUGGCGCUGAUGUUAUGUCCUCGGUGACAGCCAAAUAUUCGUAUUCACCUUCCAAAGCGGAAGAAGUAGAAGAAAGUGUCACCAGCGCGGAAAAACCAAAGUUCCCGUUAGUAGAUGUACAGAAGACCCGCUUCACUGAAACCGGCACUGUAUCUACCAGCGCCACUAGCACCAGCACCAAAGUCGAAAGCGCAAGUGAAUGUACAGAUGGUAAAACGACAACGACUACCACUACGACCACGACUAGCACUAGCGCUGAAGGCGCAGAUGCAUCUGCUUCAGACACAACUACCGCUACUGUUACAAGCGAAACAACAACUACGACGACAAGCGCUACCGGAGCACUGCCUAAAGACCCACUGAAGGAAUGGGGCAAACCCUUAGGACUGCCAUCACCUGCACCGCUGCCCGUUGAAAACGAUGUACGCACUACACCGAAAAAGGAACGUCGAUUAGUGGCGACAAAGACACGACUGAACAACGAAAAGAACCUUCGCAAACGUUCUGAAUCGCCGAACAAGGCCAAGAAACCAACACCCGUGUAUGUGGAUCUCACCUACGUGCCACACAAUGGAAACUCCUACUACUCGCACGUUGAGUUUUUCAAACGCGUACGGGCACGUUACUAUGUCUUCUCGGGUACAGAACCCAGCCGGCAGGUAUAUGAUGCGCUGUUGGAGGCCAAACAAACGUGGGAAGACAAGGAGCUAGAGGUCACCAUAAUACCUACAUACGAUACUGACGUACUCGGCUUCUGGGUUGCGCAAAAUGAAGAGCUUUUGGCUAAGUAUCGCAUCGAUUUGUCGCCUUCAGCAUCGCGUUGUACAAUUAACUUGCAGGAUCACGAAACAUCCUGCGCUGCCUACCGCUUAGAAUUCUAGGCCACGGGGAUGUUCAUUUCAUUUGCUGAUGCAGAAAAUCUCAUACAACUCUACAACUAAAAGCUUAACACUCUACUAAGUAAUUUAAGACACAAAACAAAAUGUAACACAAAGUAACGAAAUGAAGCUUUUGACAACAUCAAUCGUGAAGCUUUCUUGGAACAAAUACCGAAAAAUAAACAAGCAAAUAAUUGCAAAACACAUGAAAGCUUUUGCGGCUAAAACUUUGGCGUCGAUCGAAGUAUGAAACUUUAACAAACGUAGACAAGGUUCAAUAGCUGGAAAAAGCUUUCACGCUUUAAAAGCCCACAACUCAGCGCUUGAAGUCAGGCGUACCAACGCCAGCUUGACAUACUUGACAAAGAAACUGAAAAAAAAAAACAAAAACACAAAAAAAAAGCAAAUGAAAAUUUAAAACUGAGAAUCAGAGUGAAAGCUUGACGGAGCUUUGCACUUAUGUACCCAGCUUUGUAGCAGCUUUUUAAUGAGAGGAUAUGACAAGAAAUAGAGCACAGAAAGACAUGAACAUAAGAAUGGCGGAGUUUUUGGUGUACUACACGAGAUUUUGCAAAAACAAAAAUGUAGUGUAGCGCCAUUUUGUUUACUAAUGCCGCUCCUAUUUAUGCAGAAUGUCCAGUAUGUAAAUCGUAAGACCCUAAGUAAGAAAGGUAAAGGCUAAAGAAAUAUUCAAUAACAAAUGCAAUAAAAGGAAGAGUAAAUAAAAUGCUUAAAAACUUAUUAUAGUAAUUAAAUUAAUAUUUGUUGAACAAAUUUAAUUACAUGAAAACAAAUGCGAGCACGAUUAUUGGAAAGAA